UGGGAGCCCGGGUGCUCCCGGGGCCGGGCACCCCCGCGGCCCCCGCCCCGGCGCGGCCCUGACAUCACAGUUCCUCCUUGCUGGGCCCCGGCGCCGCCCGUUGCGUGGGGCCGCCGUGCCACAGCUGGGCCCGGGGCCGGGGGGGCCCGCCGGGGGUGCUAGAGACCCCCCCCAGCCCCGCACCAUGAACAGGAAGGAGAGCAAAAGGAAGCCCUCGGUAGAAUGCGCCGGCCUCGUGUCCAGCCCCGGCCCCGGGAGGGUCCGGCAGCGCCCGUGCCGGCGCCGCAUGACCUGCCCGACGCCGCGGGAGAUCCACACGGCCGUGGCCAGCCUGGCCCUGGGCGAGCUCGGCCCCGCCUGCAGCCUCGCCCAGCUGCUGGACAAGUGUCUCGACGCCUUCGACCUGGACGGGACGCUGUGCCACAACGAGUACCUGGUGAACAUGACGCUCACGGUGCACGACUGGGUGGUGCCCUCGGCCGACCUCGCCCGCUGCCUCCUGGCCUUCUACCGGGAGACAUCGGGGGAGCGUCAGGAACAGCGGCGCUUGCAAAUCUGCCACCUGCUGCGGUACUGGAUGGCGCAGCAGCCCGAGGCCUUCUGCCUGGAGCCGCAGCUGGAGCAGGCGGUGGAGGAGCUGCGCCAGGCCGCGGUGCAGGAGGGGCGCCGGGGCCAUGCCCAGCUGCUGGACGAGGCCCCCAGGCCGACGGCGGGAGGGGGCCGCGGGCCGGGGGCCCGGGGCAGCCCGGCGCCCGGGCCCAAACGGAAGGUGUCGCUGCUCUUCGACCACCUGGACGCGGCGGAGCUGGCCGAGCACCUUGCGUACCUCGACUUCCGCGCCUUCGCCCGCAUCUCACCCCGGGACUGCCGGUGCUACGUGCUGCAGGGGUCGGUGCGGGGGGCCCCGGCGCUGGAGCGUGCGGUCGCCCUGUGCAACAGCGUGUCGCAGUGGGUGCAGGUGAUGGUGCUGAGCCGGCCCACGGCCCCCCAGCGUGCGCGCGUGCUCGCCCAGUUCAUCCAUGUUGCACAGAGCCUGCGGCAGCUGCAGAGCUUCAACACGCUCAUGGCGGUGGUGGGAGGCCUGUGCCACAGCGCCAUCGCCCGCCUCAAGGACACGCACGCCCUGCUGCCCCCCGAUGGUGCCAAGGCACUGGCAGAGCUGACGGAGCUGGUGUCGUCGGGCUGCAACUUCGGGCCGUACCGCCGGGCGUACGGCGCAUGCCACGGGUUCCGCCUGCCCAUCGUGGGCAUCCUGCUCAAGGACCUGGUGGCGCUGCACGAGGCGCUGCCCGGGCGCCUGCCCGACGGGCGCCUGCCCCUGGCCAAGCUGCACGGGCUCUACCAGCAGGCGCUGGAGCUGCGGGCUCUGCAGCAGGCCGUGCCGCCCUUCGAGGCUAACAAGGACCUCGUGCACCUGCUCACGCUCUCCCUGGACCUGGUGUACACGGAGGAUGAGCUCUAUGAGCUGUCGUAUGUACGGGAGCCGCGGUGCCCCAAGACCCAGCCGCCCACGCCCCUUAAGCUGCCUGUGGUCGGGGAUUGGCUCCCAGAUGUGGCCCUGAAGCCUGACCCCAGUACCAUCACUAAACAUGUGCAGCAGAUGGUGGAGUCUGUCUUCAAGCACUUCGACCCCGAGCAGCACGGUGCCAUCGCACCCCUCGACUUCGAGCGCAUCGUGGGCAGCUUCCCCCUCACCCCCCGGCCCCACUCCCGCCACGGCGAGGGCCCCUACAGCCGCAAGGAGAUCACCGACUUCUUCCUGCGGGUGUUCGCCGCCCCGGCGCCGCAGCACCACUUCCACACGGCCGCCUUCAAGAAGCCGACGCUCUGCCACUGCUGCAGCGGCCUCCUCUGGGGCGUCUCCAAGCAGGGCUACCGCUGCCAAGACUGCGGCAUGAGCUGCCACAAGCAGUGCAAGGAGCUGGUGGAUGUCGAGUGCAAGCGGCGCCCGUCCCUGGGGGCCAUGGCUGCCCCCCUGCUGCCCCUCAGCUCAGGCUCUGAUGAAGACCUCAGCCCCAUGGCGCGGGACGUGGCCACGCAGACAGAGCCCCCCCACUACGAGCUGUGGGCACGGCUGCAGACACUGGAGCAGGAGCGGGACCAGCUGCUGGCCAUGGUGGAGCGGCUCCAGGACCAAGUGGCCCGGCUGGAGGCCGGGGUGGGGGGCGCCCCCGCACCCCCCCUGGCGCAGCUGCUGGAAGGCGUGGAUGCCCUGCACCUGCCCCCCAGUCCCGACCCUGACCCCUAGGAGCACGGACAGACGGACGGGGAGGGGGGGAAUAAAGGGAAUGUCUUCCCUC